AUGACUUUUCAUCUAUUUAUUUAUUUUUAUAACAUAAGUUGCUGGAUACACGAGUCCCUUUACUCGUGGAUACUAUCGGGUCCAGUGUGUCUGUCGAUGUUGGCCAACCUCGUGUUUCUGAUCAACAUCGUCAGACUGUUGCUGGUCAAGUUGCACGCCCGACAGAUCACCAUGUCCAGUCCGAAGCACGUGGCUCCCAGGGAACGGGCGCAGUCGUUCAGCCUCCGGAGCUUCAAACGGAACAACUGCAGCGUGGACAGCUACGACAAGGCGCCAGCGUCGUCGAGUAGAACCGGAAAGGCGGUAAGGGCCACUCUCAUCCUGAUACCACUACUCGGGCUCCAGUACAUCGUCACGCCGUUCCGACCGGAACCCGGCACUUCCUGGGAACCCGUGUACCAGGUCACGUCCGCGGUGGUCGCCUCGUGCCAGGGUUUGUGCGUGGCUCUCUUGUUUUGCUUCUGUAACGGAGAGGUCCUCUCCGAAAUGAAGAAACGGUGGAAACACUGCUGGAUCAACAAGAACGGGUCGUGGAAUCCUUGCAUGAGAGGCACGUCCGUCUCCUCGCCGCAACACCACCCACGGCUGUUGGUGACCGAAGAUCAGCAGACCCAGAGGACCGGAAGCAUACAAGUUUUGCCGCGAAAAGAUUCUGCUGAAUGUUUUCAAAACGUUCAACUCUAG